AUGUACCACUACUACAUUAUCCGUCAACGCGAUACACUCGCUCUUGCCGUGCAAUUAUUGAAGGGAUCCAACAGGGAAAUCACAACCAUGAUGACGCACGAGGCGCGCCUAUACAACACCGACAGCCGGCUCUCGGAGUACCAGCAAUUCGCGCAUUCGUCGACGAAUUCGAUUUCGGGUGUCUCGGAGAUCAGCGGUAGUACGGCGGCGACGAGCAUGUCGAUGAUGUCUUCUGCGAUGAUGAUGAUGCAGCAACAACAGCAAAAGUCUACGGCGUCGAGUCCAUCGCUGAGGUCGAGGGAAAGUGUUAUUGUGUCUACGCAGGGAAUUCGGCCUGCCAGUCCUUCGCCGGGUGGAAAUGUGAAGGUUGUGGUGAGGGUGAGGGGGUAUUUACCACGAGAAGUCGAUUCAUCCAAGCCCCGAUCACAAGCACGAGGCAAAGUAUACGAAGACAAAACAUUUACCUUUGACCGAUCUUUUUGGUCUCACAACGAAUCUGACGAGCACUAUGCAGACCAGGAAGAGGUAUACAACUGUCUAGGUGAAGAGUUCCUGGACCACAACUUUGAGGGUUACCACACGUGUAUAUUCGCAUAUGGCCAGACUGGAUCGGGUAAGAGUUAUACUAUGAUGGGUACACCGGAACGGCCAGGGUUGAUACCCAGGACAUGUGAGGAUCUCUUUCAAAGAAUUGACGAGGCUCAAUCCGUGGACACUACAUAUCAUGUUCGGGUUUCGUAUUUUGAGGUCUAUAACGAGCAUGUUCGCGAUCUCCUCGUGCCACGAACAGAACCACCGCACUACCUCAAGAUUCGCGAGUCGCCUACAGACGGGCCAUACGUCAAGGAUCUUACGGACGUCCCUGUGAGAAGCUUUGCGGAUAUAAUGAAGCUAAUGAGGAAAGGAGACAUGUCCAGAACAGUUGCGAGCACCAAGAUGAACGAUACUUCGUCUCGAUCACAUGCUGUGUUCACCAUCAUACUCAAACAGAUCCACCAUGACUUGGCGACAGAUGAGACAACCGAGCGAACGGCGAGAAUACGACUUGUUGAUUUGGCUGGAUCUGAACGUGCCAAAGCAACCGAGGCGACAGGACAGAGACUCCGAGAGGGCUCGAAUAUCAACAAGUCGCUGACCACAUUGGGACGCGUGAUCGCCGCAUUGGCUGACCCUAAGCAACAACGACCCGGUGGACGAAGAGUGAAAGAGGUUGUUCCUUACCGUGACUCAAUUCUGACCUGGCUACUCAAAGACAGUCUUGGUGGAAACUCGAAAACUGCAAUGAUAGCUUGUGUUGCACCAUCAGACUACGAUGAGACUCUUUCUACCCUGCGAUAUGCCGACCAGGCCAAGCGAAUUCGCACUAGAGCUGUUGUAAACCAGGAUCAUGUCUCCGCAGCAGAGCGAGAUGCGCAAAUUGCCGAAAUGGCCGAGCAGAUCCGCGUUCUUCAAUUGACAGUCAGCCAAAAUGCAGCAAGCAAACGCGAGAGCGAGGUUCAAAACGAGAAGCUAGAAGAGUACCAGCAACAAGUCGAAAAGAUGCAGCGUUUGAUGGAAGAAAACAAGAUGGUCAGUGAAUGCAAGAUUCGGCAACUCCAGACUGAGAAUGAGGCGCUCCGAAAUCAUUUGAGACUCGCACUGGAUAGUCUGAAGAAUCCAAUUCCUGCUAUUCCGCUGCGUAAACGCGAGACCAGUCUUGGUUCAUUGCAAAGCGAGGAGCCUCCAAUAGAAGUUGUUCCCCCAGAGCGAGACAUGAUCACACCACCGCCGCCGGAAGAAGAGGAAACCAGCGGAAUCUGGGAAGACGAAGACAGCUCUGACGAACAUGACGAGGAAGCGCAUGAAGUGCAAGCCGAUAUGGAGAAUCUGUUGAACGAACUCAGUAUGUUUAGACGAAAGCUGAAUGAUGACUAUGAGCGAUUCGAGAUCACCAAAAUAAAAGACACUCGAAAGCGCUUUCCAUUCGGCAAGCUGGUCAACAACGCCCAUUGA